GCGUUCUUCACCGAGACCCCUCAUGACAUGACCACCCGGGCUGGCGAGGAUGUGGAGAUGGCGUGUUCCUUCCGGGGGACCGGCUCGAAUUCGUACUCCCUUGAGAUCCAGUGGUGGUACAUCCGCACCCACAAGGACUGGACAGACAAGGAUAGCUGGGCCACCAACGAGCUAAAAGCAUCUCCACAGGAAGAAGCUGGGAAGGACGCGACAAAAAUAAGCGUGGUGAAAGUGGUCGGCAGCAACAUCUCCCACAAGCUGAGGCUCUCCCGGGUCAAGCCGACGGACGAAGGGACCUACGAGUGCCGGGUGAUCGACUUCAGCGACAGCAAGGCCCGCCCCCACAAGGUGAAGGCCUACCUGCGGGUGGAGCCGGAGGAGCCCCCCGAGACCCGCCACCGCAUCCCCCCAACGGAGCACCUGCAAGACACCCAGCGGCUGGGCGUGCCGCUCUCCUCCGACCAGGGCAAACUGACCGGCGCCCACCCACACCAUCAGCACCACCACCACAAACCGGGGAAGGAGCUCAAGAAACGCUCCGUGGACGAUGUUGCCUGCGCUCUCUAGACUGGUUGGCGCUCGGCGUUUGGGCGUGGAAUGGCCUGGUGAGGGGGGUGUCUCUUCCUCCUGUCCUUCAUGGUCCCCCUCCACAGAUGCUCUCUCUCACACAUGCAACCCCCUCACCUGCCCUGUCCUUCCUGCGGUCAGGGGGGGAGCAUGCCCUCCCAGUAGCCAGAGAGAUGUGGGGCCAGGUGGCUACAGAACGAAUGUGUCAAAGAUGUGCCCCACCCUAGAGACACGUUGACCCCCCCACCCACCCAUUCGCAUGAGCCCUUUGGUCACUCACCACCCUUUGCCCCCCCGGCGGUCUAGACAUGCAUCUCAAACCUCCCUCCCCCACGAAUCCUCCACUCCCCCGAACAGGCAGACGGAGGGCUGAUUGUUUCUGGGACAGGAUCGGCAGCUCCUCCAGGGCAGCCGUAGACGGAGAAAGACCAGCUAGUCAGCUUAGCCUCCGACCUGCUCUUCUGGGUGGGAGCCACAGCACCAGGAGGUGACUUUCCCUUCCCCCUCCCCCCGGAAACGCAGCUGCAUGUCCCACCCAGGCAACCGGCAGGACUUGGGUUUCCCUUUCUGCCUUUUGGAAGAGUCAAAGGCCCCCCAGAUAUAAGGCAUGGAGGUCACCAUCCACCUGCCGGGGAGGAGGUUUAAUUCAAAGCUGGCCCUUCCUUCGCGAAAGGACAAACUCGACCCACCUCGGGCUGGGCCGCAUCAUUCCACUGCUAGCUGCUUCUGCCAUUUGUAAACCACCAACACCCACCACCAUCCCCAGUUUCUCCCCCUUGCUUUGUAAAACGAGAUUCUGGAAGGGUGCCAUUUAGACCCUCACUUUUAACUCACUAGUAUUUACCUGUGUUACAAUGAAAUCGAUGACUUUACCUUGUAAAUAUCCAACUGUCUUUUUUCUCCCCUGUAUUGGCCAGCUGCCAGGCAAAACACUGAGUCAAAGAAGACGUUCUGAUGAACAUGUUUCCCUUAAAUCAAAGGAAUUUCCUUAGACACUUCCCUUCAGCCAUCAGACUUGCUAAUUAAGCCCCUGUCUACCUUCUAGUGGACCAAUCACAAAGCAAAGCUCACUAAAUGGAAGAUAUGCCGCAGACGAGAGAAGCCACGUGUUGUGACAAACCAACGUCUCCCUAAAUUCUGAGGAGAAAAACAAGUUUGACCCCCGUGUCCCUAAGCGUUUUCCAAAAAGGCUCACCCGGAAUUGUGCUUUCUUGGGAACAGCUUUCUUAGGAAAGCUUUCUAGUGACCGAAACAAGAAGCCAUGAUAAAACCGGGCAUUCUUUAGGACACCAGCUGUUGCGCCCAAGUUUCACACAGCUCUUGGGAUUGUGUUUCCCCCUUUCCAUGUCCCUGUCUCUAGUACUCCCCUUGCAGUGUACUCUGGUUGUGCCAUUUGAACCAGUAGGGAGUAAAAAAACAUGGUGGACUCCAUCCGUUAGAAAGGUGUGUUCUGAAGAACCUGUUUUGGGACAUGUUGACCAGCAAGUUGCUAGUCCAUCUAGAGGACUCAGAAACGCCUUUGGCAGAGGGCAUGUGCCUGCCUGUCCCAUCCUCAGGGCUGCUUCUUCUGAAGCCCUCUCCUUAUAUCAGGAGCUGACACCUGAGGAGGAGGAGACCCUUCAUGAGGAGCAGCCCUUGUUUGGGUCUUUGAGGCACUUCCGGAGAGUAGCCAGUCUCGCUCAUGUGGGCAGCUGGGGGAGGAUUGCCUGGAGAUCCUUUACAAAUGAACCUUAAAGCUUG